UUUGGGCCUGAGUAGUAGUAGGGAAAUGGGGCACUGUUGUAAUAGCUGUUAGCUCUAUAUUACAGCUAUUUGAAAGAAAGAAGCUAGUUAGCUAGCUAAUAUUAAUUCACAACUUCAUUUUAGUAAUUUUUUUUAAAGAAAAGUCGACGAGAUUGUGAAGUAAACGAGUUCGUGAGGUAAUGUUUGGUUAGAGUUUGUCGGUGUAGCUUUUGAGAUGUUUAGCAAGCUCGGUUCUAGCUAGUCUAGUUAGAAGUGAAAAAUAGCUUGUUAGACGGUAUAACGUGAUGCCUCGGAGGAAACGAAGCACAGGUCAGAAUGAAAGACGGAGAAAAAUUCGUCGAAGAGAGAAUAAUAACGACGACGACGAUGAAGAGGACAAUAAUAAUAACAACAACGAUAACACCACACUGGUCAUCUCCGACUCUGAAAGUGAUGAGGUGAAUGAAGAAGACUGUGUCAUGAAAGUGACUCCAAGAGCAGCACGACGCCGAGAGAGAGAAAAGAGAGCACUUGUACAAGACAUGACUGAGGAUGAGAUGUUGGACCUGGCUUUGAGACUCAGUAAACAAGAAGCAAACAGUGCUAACCAGAGAGAGCAAGUGGAAGAUGACAACGUGAGAAAAGCCAUUGCAGAAAGUCUUCAGGUCAGCUGCUGUCAAACUUCAGAAACGAGCUCCAAGCGAGUCAGACCUGCGGCAAAGCCUCACCAGGACCGAGACACUGUGACAGCACACGUUCGGUGUAAGCUCUCCUUUCCAAGCAAGGACGGGAAGGACAGUGGGAGCGAUGAUGACGUUUCAGCCACACACACGAGUGCUUUGAAAGGUUCUGAGGAAGUCAGUCCACUACCACCGAUGCCUGAUCUGUCUCAGAGGACCUUGUCGCAACCUUCACCUCCAAGUCCAACCCUUACUUCUGUGCCUUCUGCUGCUUCUCAAGAAUCCCACUCUUCACGCCUGGAUAAACAGGAAAUUAAAGUCCACUCUCCCGAGAGCGAGGGGUCACCAAUCUUCGUCCGUCAGUGCAGCGUAAGACUGAACCAGAACUUUCUGAGCCCCAGAGGAUCCUCAGGGAACACCUCUGUCGCCUUAACCAGUCCUGACCGGUCCCAAAACAGCCCCCCUCCUCCCAAAAGCCCUGUUUUUCCUAUGACUGACUCUAAAAGAUGCACUAAAUUAACACGGGAUAAAUUUAGCGAUUGCACUUCCCUCAGCAGCUUUACAGACCGCGUAUGCAAACCUGAAGACACAUUCCAAGAAUCUUCAAGCCAUAAAAGCCGAGGUUCCCUAAAACGCCUUGCACGCAGCAGGACAGCACAGCCAUCAUCAUCACCCGUUUCAGGGCCUGAAGAUGACAGACAGGAAGGUGUCCAGCUUCAACAGGUAAAGGAGGAGUCGUCUCGGGGAGCCGGCUUACGCACUGUAUCAGUUGCAGACAGGGCACCGAACUCGGACGUGUCUUCACCUGCUGCCACCAAACCUUUGGAUGAGUUCACCAGUCACAUGGUCCUUCAUUUGUCUGAUGAUGAUGAUGAUGAUGACGAAGAAAAGAUUAUUCCUCCAAGCCCAGUCUUCCCUCAGGACCGUGCGUCACACACAAGCCAACGAGAGCUCUCGCCAACGCAACCCUGCUUCUCCCCGCCUACAGCCGUCACCACACACGACUCAUUUCAGACCAAAUCCCCUUCCCAUGCCGAGUCUGAGCAGCCAAAGGUUUCUAGAACGUCUUCUGACUCUAGACUCUCGCUGCCGGUGGAAAGGAAAGAGGAACGUCUUGUAUCGUACUACUGGGGCAUUCCGUUCUGCCCCAAGGGGCAAAGCCCGGAUGAUUAUACCCGCGUCAUCCUCGCCCAGCUGGAGGUGUACGAGAAGAGCCUGAAAGAGGCCCAACGACAUCUACUGCACAAAGCUGAGUGGGGUCUUCCAGUGUUCCCAUGCCCGGUAGAGAGGCCACAUGGCAGGAGACUGAAGCGACACCGAGCCCCUCAGCUUCUGGAGGAGGAGGAAGAGGAAGACAACGACAAGGGGAGAGACAAGGAAGAAAAAGAGAAAAAGAAAAAAGCAGACUGGAAGGAGAGGGAAGAGUCUCGGACUUGUUUGGAAGAAGGAGCGGAGAACGUUCAGCACGAAACGUACGUCGUCGUGUCCUCUCCUGAGACGCAGGAAGAGCUCGGGCAGAAAUCGCCUUUGCUGUUCAGGCAUCAGGAGUCUACAAAUCCAGCUAAACCUUCCAGUUGUAGGAAGCCUGUUUCUCAGGACCUUUCAGAAGCCACUCAGAUAGAGUCUGAGCCCGAUGAGAACGGAGAAGAAGCUCAGAACGGACGUUUUGAUGUGGAGAGCACGGUGUGUCCAGAAACCCAGAUAACUGAAGACAACACACCAGAGCUGAUGGUGACCAGUCCUGCACAGUUGCAGGCAGAGAAUGAUGUCAUGGAGGUGGAUGAAGUGAUGGAGCAGCCAGCUGAAGGUGAGGAGAGGAUGGAGCAGGAAGAGGAGGAGCGUCCAGGUGAGGAGCAGUCAUGGAGAGAGUCCGUGCCCUCUCAGGUAGAGUGUCCCAUGUGUACUCGGCUCUUCCCUCUCAGUAAGAUUGAGAUGCAUGCAGCCUACUGUAACGGCACAGUGGAGGACCAGGAUGAGCAGGACAACCAUUCAGAAGGGAGUGCUCGACGGAAGGGCAUAAGAAGAACCGCAAUGGAAGACAAUGUGAGGUUUGAGAAAUCAGAGCAGCGAGAGAAAUGUUUCUUGUGUAGUAAGUUUUUCACAAACAAGGAGUACAGCCAUCACGUGGACCAGUGCUAUCAACAGAAAACACUCGGAAAGAAGCGGGGAAAUGGCUUGCUGUCUGCCUUGAACCGGACAGAAACGGUACAAUUAGAUGACAGUGGAGCUGGACCGUCUAAUACUACAAUCAAAAACAAUCACGGCCUCGCAGACGCGUCCGUGAUGCCGAGUGACAGCGCGGAUUCUCAGACUCUGAGUUACUACGUCGGCUCGUCUCCGAUCAAAUCCUUCACUCCCAUCUCCGAACUCACGGACUGCCUCAUAAACUUCCACCAGCAGUACUCGGACAGGAACAGCCAGAGACUCGGGAGGAAGAGGAAAUUUAAGAGAUAGCAUGAGAAUCUGCUCCAGAGCAUCGACUAUUCCUUCCCUUUUAUACCAAGGCGAAUUUGUGUGCCGUUUUUAUAUCAUUCUAUGUCGGAAUUAAAAUCAUUAAAUGAUUUUGGUAAUGUUAUUUAAGGUGCCUUGUUAUUUUAAAUUUUGUACAUGUUUUAUUGGGCAAAAAAAGAACUUUUUUUUUUUUAAAUAAUGGAUCAUAUAAAAUGGUUAUAAAAUGAUGUUGCUUGUUUAAACUUGCUUCUCAGUUUGGUGUAAACUCAAACUGAACUGUGUUGUGUUCAGAGGAGGCUGCUGUAUGCUACUGUUUACUUAUCAAAUGUUUUCAUAUUUAUAUUGAAAACUAAAAUUUCUGUCCCAUGGGUUGUUAAA